AUGGGUCAUAAUGGAAACGCAUUCUACGCCUUACGGAGCUGUCACCAAGUGCUCUUCGGCGAAAGCGGUGAAUUCUUCUCGCCUGACUACCUGUGUUCCAGUCCUGCCCUCUGGUGCAACUGGACUGUGCAGGUCCCUCGUGGGAAACGUGUGCAGCUGUACCUGGAGGACCUGACGCCGAUGUACGCCUGUCACCUGAAGACGGACCAGAUCCACCUGGACGAGUCUCCGGUGGCCGCUGGCGAGAGCCGGAUCCUGGAGCGAUGCUGGGGGAAGGCCAGAUACACGUCCAUCACGAACACAGUCCACGUGGUGCAGCUGAUUGGGCCGAACCCCAGCCCACCUCACAGGGGGUUUUAUGGGCGGUUCUGGGCUUUCGGGCUGCCGGAAACCUUUGCUGAGACCCCCGCUGUUAGUCGGACCAGUGUAACUGAGGUGAUGCAGGAGGAAGAAGAAAUGGAAAUUGAGGAGACAAAGGAUUCCAGCCAUGAAAUCUCUACCAGUAAACCACCUCUGCCAGUGGAGAAAGUAGACAGUUCUCUUUCUAAACCUUUGGAGGUCAGCCAUGAUAUUAAUUCUUGGACCAAUGAGCUUGCUGCCACCACUACAGGACCAUGGGAGAAGAAUUUUGGCGAGAUCCGAAGAACAAGGGGCGGAGCUGAGAACCAAGAUGGAGCUUCCCCAAGUGCUUUACAUCAUAAUGAGUUUGCUUUCAUGGAAUCUGUUUCUAUGACAACUGGAGCACAAGGUGGGAUAACUGCGGAUGAGUAUAAACAAUUCUCCCCUGACGGGACGAACAAUGCGUCUCACACUUCAGCUCCGACUUACAUGCGUACACAUGCGUACACCAUCGCCAUGACCACAUCCACAUCCACAAGUACCACACGCGUGCCGACCACUGAGGAGGCCAACCUGGUUCUUACAAGCCCUUCUACUGUGUCCACUGCCACAUACAAAAAUGAGGUCACACACACUGGUGAUGAUCCAGCUGGAGCCAAAAUGGAGUCCAGGCCAGGGAUGGAGGAAGGCGAUGAUGCGCUUCCUGUGGAGAUGCUGUUGGCUAGCAGUGGUGGUACAUUUCAGACUGGUGCUAAAGAGCGUGAUGGGAGCUAUGGUGAGACCAGGCCUUAUUCAUCAAUGACGCCCAAACCCUCCCACAGACUCAAAGGGAAAGCUCAUCCAGUCCAAACUGUCAAAAAUCCACCUGAAUCUCCACACCUUCCAGGGGGUCUCUUGCUGGAGGUCGGCAUGGAGAUUGGUCUGGACCACACCCAAGCAGAUGGCUGGGAUCAGAUUAGGAACUCCUUCAGAGGCACAGUCGAGACCAUGAUUCAGAAAGAACUGGAAGAUCUCACCCUGAGGAGUGUUUCUCUGAAAAGAGCUAAAAAGUAUGUAUGUAGACUCAGAAUGGUUUACACUGAAGAUGGACAGUUGGCGCUUGAAUUUGAAGCACCGAUUCACUCUCCCUGGAUCGACACAGAGUUCAAUUUAGGAGUGUUUGUCUGGUUGAGUGCGGGGGCCUUGUUUAUUGCAUGGGUGCAGCUUGGGGAAAAUGAUGAGGUGAGCCGCACACUCGGGGUUCUACAUUCCACCCUGCAGGGGCUGAGGGGGCGGAGCAUCAGCCCUCACAACAAGAGUCACGGCAUCGUCGUCUCUGUCUCUGUAGAAGACAUCGAUGAGUGUGAGACACAGCUGGUCAUGUGUGAUGUUCAUGCGGAUUGCGUGAACGAGUUUGGCUCCUACUCCUGCCACUGUCACCAUGGUUACAGCCCUGGGCUGGGCGGAGCUGUGUGUGUGGAAGCAGCAGGGCGGGAGUGCAUCAGGGCUACAGUUCCCAUGCUCCUCUACAUCAUCUGUUUCCUGCUUUGCUUCCUGCUUGCUCUGCUGCUGGUGGUCCUGUGUGUGCUGUACCGCCGCUACCACCGGGGGGCGUUCCUCCCUCGCUGCCAACACGGCAGUAUCUGCAGCGACACUGCAGUGGCCAAUGAUGUCAACAACAAUCGUUGGGGACGUGGUCAUAAAAGUAGCGCGUCGCCCAUCCCUCCCCCGCCGCCCAGUCGACUGACGAAAAGCACGUGCCCGGCUCCAGACCUUCCCCUGCUGAAAUUCAGCACUCUGGUGCCCUCUGGAGGAUUUGAGGACAAACUGCAAAGUGAGAGACACUAGCUUUGAGCUGGGGCUCCUCUCCCCUGUCUGUGGACAUGGCUGCUCGUUGAACUGCACUGAAAUGGAGGACGGAUGCACUUGAAUUAUUUUUUUUCUUGUUUAGUGAUUUGGAUUUGUUAAGGGGCUGGCCUUUUCAAAAAAAAAAGUGUUGUGGUUGUUGGUUACAGUUUUGUCAUGGCAUUGUCACUUUUAUGCUGUGUGGG